AUGACUUUUACCAAGCGUACUGAAGAAUUUCUUGCGUGUGUGCGAGAGUGCGCUUCAAGGAUGCCAGAUGCAAAGAAACGAAGGGCUAACGUGUCAAAACUCUCUUCGGAAGUAGAGGAAGAUGCUUUUGCAAGACAAUACCUGACUGAAGCAUAUACCAUUUUAAAUCACCUCAAAACACUUGGCCAAUUGCUCUCCACCGUGCGCAGGCCGUACCUCAAUGUCGACCCAAAUAACCACUUCCGGUCGACCAGCAGUACCCGCAAUAUCGACUUGAAUAACAUGAACUCUGAUGCAUGGGCUAAUAUUAAGAGUCUCACCAACGCAGAGCGUGACCAAUUGGAUCUUCAAGCGAAUGUUAUCCUGACGAAAUGCGCACAAAGAGUUCGGGAACUGGAACAACUGGAGAAACAACAUAGCGAAUCAGUAGCUAAUCGAACAAACCCUCUUCUCCGCAUGUUGCCAUCACGCCUUACCCAAUCUACCGAGUUAGCAGACGCCGAUGCACGGGCCCUUCAUCGUUCCAAUAUUGCCUGGUACCUUACUCGUCGCCUGACUGAAACUGGUGCCGCUCAAAAAGAAAUGCAGGAAGAAAGAGUGCGACGUCAAGUAGAGAGAGCGACUACACUCGGCUCUUCUAUAUCUGUCUCUGACCCUACUCCCGCCCCUGCCUCUAACUCUGGCUCGUCUGGAUGGGGUGCCUCGACUUGGGGUCGCUCGUCCCAACCGGCCCCCGCCCCUCCAUCUGUGGAAGAACCAGAGGAUGAUGAUUAUGACAAUCUCGAACUGUCCCCGUCACAAAUGCUCCAAUUUGAACAGGAAAAUACGGCGUUGCUUAGAUCAGUCGAAGACACUCUUGCAGCAGUCAAGGUCGCCGAAUCGCGUCUGUUGGACAUCAGUGCUUUGCAAACAGAAUUAGUCGCACACCUUACUCGACAGACCGAAGCUAUUGACCAGUUAUAUGAUGAUGCCAUUGCAAGUCAGGGUGAUGUCAAGCGGGCCAAUGUACAGUUGCGCAAAGCUCGAGAAAAUCAAGCAGAUUCUCGGAUAUUCUUGAUCGUAUUCUUACUGGGUGCCAGUGCUGCACUGUUUAUUCAUUGGUAUAACUAG